AUGUACGACGUUCAGUGGUUAUUCGGUUUCGCAAGCUCGAAUAGUCAAAUUGAACCGAAGUGCUCCGACGUCUGGGAGAUCCGACCAUCCGAGAGAUGUUCAUUCGUGCGCAGUGUGAAAGACUGCCGUAGCGGCGAAGCGUUUCUGGACUACGUGGAGCUCACGUACUGCAAGUGGGAGUCUUCGACGUUUUUGCCGCUUAGUGCGCUUUUUGUUUUGUGGGGCAGUUUGGUCUACGUUCUGGCGGGGAACUACGUAACGUCUGCAUUGGUGCACCUCAAGGAGAGAUUUAAUAUGAACGAAAUAAAAGCCGGAGCCACCCUGCUGACUCUCGGAAACGGUCUUCCCGACAUUAUGGGUGCCGUGACCGCGGUCCAAAUCGGCCACGAAGGCCUGCUCGUCGGAGAAGUGUUAGGAGGUACUCUGUUCGUAGUCGGCGUCAUCGUCGGCUCGCUAUACACUGUCGGCAAGAACGCGCCCCUGGGUCGAGCGUUCUGUCCUAUGCUGUGUUUCUUCGUGGCGGCUGUCGUCUUCGUAGGCAGCAUCUACCUGUUGGGUAGAGUCACAAUUUAUCACAUCAUUGUGGGUCUGGCCCUGUACGUUUCGUACUACGUAUACAUCUUCAGCAUGUCAUCACACAAAGAGUGCGAGUACGAGUUGAUAGCUGACGAGACGUCAUUCUACAUACCGAUCAACGAGAAGUACGCGGACGUCGAAUAUUCGUCGGACGAGUCGAGUUGUUUGCGGACAGCGUGUUGUUCGUGCAUGUCGGUCAUUGCGUGUGUUUUGUCAGGCAUUCUUUCGCUGCCGUUUACGCUUAUGAUUCCGACGGUUUGCCACAGCCGGACUUAUGCUUCCCGAGUGUGCGAUGCGAACCAGUUCCGCUUCUUCAUGUUUCCUGUUCUGUUCAUGUUCGCCGUCGAUAUCGCACCGGCAAAUAACGCGACGCUGUACAUUUCAUUGAGCAUAGCGAGCGGAGUCUUAUAUAGGAUUGUAUGCUGCACUCUGCCAGAAGAAGUUGUAGAUACGCUGGUAACUUUUGCCGGCUUCAUUCUCAGCUUGUGUUUCCUGCAUCAACUCACAGCGGAGCUCAUCGCCGUCGUUCGAGCAAUGGGUAUCUGUUUCAAGCUCACCGACGAAGUAAUGGGACUCUCGAUAUUGACCUACGGGAAUUUCCUCGGCGAUAUAUCAACUUACGUAGCCAUCGUAAAUCGAGGCUGUUUGCAAAUGGCGCUUACGGGCUGCAUAUCGUCGGUGCUCAUGAGUUUGCUCCUCAACACGACGCUCGCUUUCUCGAUCCGCUUCGCAAUGACCGGAGUUUGGUAUUCGCCUCUAAUGCGAUCACCUGUCACGACAAUACUUAUGGGAAGCGUGAUACUGUGCCCGGUGCUCCUACUCUUCUCUGCUCUAACGUUCCGUUGCCAUUCCAACGUUUGCAGCGGGGUUGUCCUCCUAUGCUAUUACGGAAUAGUCAUGUGUUUACUAGUGAUUACGCAGCUGUGAUAACUAUAAUUAAUCCCGCCUGGAACUAGCCAUCAGGACGAUAGAGAAUACAUAACGACUUUAUAAAUUCAUUGCCCGGACUCCGGGCCUUCGUCCGGACUCUGAAGUCGGAUCAUGCAACCGGCAGAAGCGCCGAGAGAUUCCGACCGCGCUCGAGCCACUCUUGCCCCUUAAGGCGCAUACGGUUGAACUCGAGGAUGAAGAAGAACGAUUUACUUGUAUAGGUCCAGCUCCGAUUGACGGAGCUCGCGUCGACCAUAGAUACUCAUAUAUACAUAUGUAAAUUUAAGUGGAAUAACGUUGUAAAUGGGAUUAGGUAUAUGGUCGGAAAGACGCGAGUCGUUCCGGCACACACAUGACGCUCCGGAGAAGGAGAUCCGGACGGAAUCGUGCGCGCUGAAACAAGAAAAGCAAUUUUUGUUUCUCGAUUGUUUUGAUUUAAUGUGUCGAUUACGAGCGUUGUCCGGGAGCGGAUGGCGUACUCUGAAUAGGAUCGAGAGAGCUGCGUGCCGUGAAUAACGGAGCGUAAUCUAUUUAUCGAGCGGAAGAUUCGCAACUUGUACACUUGGCGUCAUCCAAAAUGACUGUACUUACGG